CUUGUUUAAAAAUUUGAUUUAGAUAUUAUUACACUAUAACAUCUAUUUUAAUAAAAUAAAAUAAAAAGAGAGAAUCUCUAUACGAGGAAACACAAAAGGUUCUUUUAUAAAUUUGUUAUAUACAGUGUAAGAAAAACUAACACCCAAUGUUCUUUUAUAACAAUUGCAGGAACAAGGUAAAAGUUGAGGUCAAGUAGUAUUAGAACAAGACAUAUUGCCUUAUUAGUUUAUAAGGCUAAGUAGAGGCACAAUAUUGGUAUUUUCUCAAAUUUUAAGAAGGGUCAUCAUGAAUCAAAGUUAUUUCUUGCUCCUUCGUCUUUGGUUAACCCCUUAUACUCACCAACUAUUUUCCUUAGAACAUGGCUCUUCUCUUAAGCAAAUUUCUAUAUCUUUGCCAAACAGGAGCAAUACUUGUCUAUCAUAUCAUCUUGUUUCCAAUUCUUGUAAUGGCUUAGUGUGUUUGUAUUCAGAUUUUUCUUGUGGAAGAGAUGUUUUUCUAUGUAACCCAACAACAAGGGAAGUGAGGCUUCUUCCCUCAUCGGAUUUGGUUACUAAAGUUAAAGAUGGGAUGAUACUAGGUGUUGGAAUGGGACAUGAUUAUAGAAGUAACAAUUUAAUUAAGGUUGUUAGGAUGUGGGUUUGUCACCGCGAAUGUCGAUGUAAGAAGUAUAUUGUUGAAGAAUAUGAUUUAAGAAGUGAUUCUUGGAGGACAAUUGAAAGUGCUAAUCCAUGGUGUUGUGAGUUUGAUACUUGUUGUUUUGCUAUGCAUUUUAAUGGGAUUUAUUAUUGGUGGGGAAAAAUUAAAGGCUUAACUACAACAAUCCUUGCAUUGAAUGUGGGAGGUGGAAUUCUUCACAAGGUAUCAUUGCCAAAAGACAUUGAUAUUAGUAGUUCGAGUGGAAGAUAUUUGGGGGUGUUGAAUGACACUAUAACAUUGGUUUGUCGUGAUUGUUGUGAUAAAUAUGAAAACUUUAACAUUUGGGUGAAGAGUGGAGGUGGUGUUGUAGAUUCUUGUUGGACCAAAAUACGAACCAUAGAGCAUAGUUCACCUUGUGUGCCAUUAGUGUUUUGGAGAGAAGAUGAGCUUCUUCUAAAAUUGUUUGACAAAGUGAUAUCCUAUAAUGUUAAUACGGAAAAUAUUCUUGAUGUAAAUUUGGAGAUUGACGAGAGAGGAAUCGCUGAUGUAUGUGAAGCUAUAUUUUGUGUGAAGACUCUACUUUCCGUCAACCCUUUUGUCAAUAAAGCUCGAGACAACCAAAUUAACGAUAUAGCGAGGUCAACAUAUUUGAGAGAAAAAUAUAUCAAUAGUUCAUUGUUUUAGGAAUCAAUAAUCUUCUUAGGUUUUUAAUGUUUUCUUUCUAAUUUUUAGAAUAUGACUCAUAAUGUAUUAAUGAUAUUUUUAUUUUCUUACUUGUUAUGGAUAAGUUGUUUGUGUGAGUUUUUCAUGUGUCUUUUUGUAUGUGUUUAUAAUGGUUGUCUAUUACUCAACUUUAAAUUUCGUAGAAAUAAAUUGUUUAUAUAGUUUGAAAAACUUUUUAAAUUAUUUAAGAAUGUUUAACUAAUUUUUAGGGGCAUAUUUUCAUUUGUCAAGGAGGUAUGGAGUGAGUUUAUGAAACAUAUCACCGUGAGUAGGAUUGGAUAUUCUAUCUAAAUUAUAAAUUUAGUGUCUUAUUUUUAUUAUGAUUAAUUAUAGUUUUAGUCAUCUAUUUGUACUGAUUCACCAAAUUGAUCCCUCUAUUUUUAAAAUCGACAAUGUUGGUCAUCCUUAAAAAAAAUUUAAUAAAAAAAUGGUGACCUGACAUGUUAUAUGUAGAAUGAUUAACACCGAUAAAAUUAGAAUAAAACAUCGUAAAAACUUAACUUCUAACUUUACAAUUUUUUCAUAUUUGUAAUUUAAUUAAUCACAUUAAUAAUUAAUGCAUCUUGAUGGUUCUAUAUCAUGUAAUUGCAUCACACGUUUUUUAUAAUAUGUCAGAAUAAUCAUCUUUCAAUUCAAAAGUUUGAUAAAAAGUUUGAUAAAGAGACUAAAAUUAUCGACCAUUAAAAUAUGAGGAUCAAUUUCGUAAAUUAGUACAAAUAAGAGAUUAAAACUACAAUUAAGCUUUUUUUUUUAAUGAAUUA